AUGCCGCUGAAUUCAUACACCGAUCCCAACCGCAAAUCACAAAAGGACUACGAGUCAAUCAAGCAGCACCCACGCAUAACACGCUUAUCACCUACAACCAUUCGAAUAGCACAUGAAGAUCACACAUUAAUGAAUGUUAUUCAGUACUUUUUGAUGCAGCAUCCUUUUGUCGUUGCUGGUUAUGUCAUACCACAUUUAUCGGAGGAUGUUGUUGAGCUGAGUAUUGUAGGGAAGAAUGACAUGAUAGGUGAUAUUUUUGAGUGGCUUUGUACCGCUUUGGAUGAGCUAGAAGCUAUGGGCAACGAAAUGAUGGAAAGUAUGAUAGAAGCAGAGAAUGAAGGUGUAUAGUGGUGUAAAAGGAUUAUAACGAAGGAUACUUGGUGAUGGAUAGGUGGAAUGAAUGAUAAUAAGCUAUUGUUGGUGAAUUAAAUCGAUAUAAAUUAAGU